GUUUCGGUCACGGGUUGUGCACCUGUAGCGUCUGUUUCCCAAGAGAGCACUUGGUAGAAGACAGUACCACGCGGACGCUUUUGACGACCCAAAGAUUCGUCAGACUUGCGGCUUGUUCUGAUAUUGAGAAGGAGACAAGAUGGCGCACGCAACACCAACAGCCAGCACGGGCAAGGGCACCAAACGCAAAAGGGACAAUGGUGAAGGCAGAGCAUCGUCGUCCAGUGAGACUCCUAAACGAGUGUUCAUCAGCUACAGCAUGGAUCCGUACAUCGACCAGAGCCGCACGCCUCUGCAACGCUCUACUGACGUUGAGGAACAGAGGAGGAUGGUCAGGGCACUUGCGGACAGGCUGCGCAACGACGGAGUGGACGCAUGGAUCGACCAAUAUGACGAGUACAACCCCCCACAGCUGUGGACCAGAUGGAUGGAGACAGAGAUAGUCAAAGCUGACUAUGUUCUGAUGAUUUGUAGCCCUCACUACAAAGAGUGUGUGAUGGGGAAACAAAAUGAGAAAACAGUGUCUGGGUAUGGUGUUAGGUUUGAGGGAAAGGUUAUCUACAGUUUGUUGAGUAAGCCCCAAAACCAUGGAAAGUUCCUACCCGUUUUCUUCGGUCCAAUUGAACGUGACCACGUUCCAGAUGUAUUCGGAGGUGCUAAUUUCUUUGGACCGAUAGUAACACCUCCGACGCUGGAAGGGGAAUACUUGAAGCUGUUGUCGAAAAUCUUGGGCAGGAAUCCGCCAGGCCAGGGCCCACCCCCUGUGCGCCAGCCUGCGUUCUAAACGAUUUUUGCCCCAAGCAAUAACAGAAACAAUAAAUGCCUGUCUAUUAGAUCUUAAUUGAAAGGUUUUAUUCUUCCACAAAACAGGAAGAAAAUGUUACAUUUUAGAACCAACAGUUUUUAUGAAAUUUCAUUAGAUAUCUAAUUGAUUUUUAUAUUGAUACUUGACACCAAACCCACAAAGUGCCUCCUUAAUGUGGCCCUAUAUUAGAUAAAUCAUGUUAGUGUCAACUUCAUCUAGUAAUGUAAGAAAGUAAGAGAAAAUCUGUAUCAAAUGAUUACAAAAAUCUAGAGCCAGUGACAGAUAUGUUUCAC